GUGGAUCACAUCGCGUUCUCUGAUUUAUCCAACAUGAGUGUUUUGGUGCUCAGCAACAACAUCAUCUCUACCAUCACAGGGAACGCUUUCCAAAACCUGACUGUCCUCAGAACACUAUCUCUGGACCACAACCUUAUCUCUAGCCCCUCACUGGAUAGAUCGACGUUCUCCUGGCUCGGUAAACUAGAGACGCUUCAUUUGGGCCAUAACGCUCUAAAGGAAAUCAGUGGAUCCUGGUUUCAGAAAACCAAGUCUCUGAAAACUCUGCUGCUAGAGGGGAACCUUCUCACCAGCCUCAACGCGAGUACUUUCGCUUCAUCUGACCUGAGAAGCUUGGAGACUUUGGAUUUGUCAGACAACCUGAUCGCCUACGUGGGCCGAGACAGUUUCCGCAACCUGCCACGACUCGGUAGUCUGGAUCUCUCACGAAACAGGUUGCAGAAUGUGCCUGAUGCUUUCUCUUAUAUCGUACGCCUCUCGAUGCUGAACCUGGACCUGAAUCGCUGGAAUUGUAGCUGUGAGCUGACAGAGCUAGCCCAUUUCCUCAACAGCUACAUUCAGUCUACAGACAAAGUGUUGUACGAUGGGAAGAGGAUGGCGUGUGCUAGUUCAGACAACCCCAAAGUUCAGACAGUGCUGGAGCUAAACCAGGCUAACUGUAUGCCGACUAACAGAAACGUUACGGCGGACAUCAAUGCUAAGAGUUCCGUCACAUCUCAGCGCUACAUCAGAGAUGUUGUUAUCGCUGUUGUCUGUUCUUGCCUGGGUGGUGUUGUGAUUACACUUGCAAUACUUGCAGUCGUACACAGGAACUUGGGUAGAAGAUUUAAACCAAUGCAGGGGAUGAAAGGAACCGAAGAACAGUCAAGUCAGACGUGGGACUUCUCUGAAGGCAAGGAGGCUCGCUCCAUGUCUUAUGCUCUCCAUAACAGCAACUACCGUGGCCAUUCACCCUGGGAUAAAGAGGAUACUACAUCUGACAGCAGAACAGAUGCAAUGGGGAACCAUGUCAUAUGCCAAAAUUGCAGAAGAAAGACUUUCCAUCACAGAACCAACUGCAGGGGAAUUCAGCACAAUACCGAAGAAGAAUGGUCAACCUAUUUGGGCAGUGACCAAUGGAAAGACACUGAUGUUUGUCCUUCAAGGAACAAGGAUGAAGGUGGUAGAGCUCAAAGACAUAAUGUGAAAGGUGUCAGUGGGUUAAACACUGAUUAUCGCAGACAACGGGUUUCAAGCCAAGACAGUUCGACCAUGAGAAUGCAACAAAUAGCUCUGAGGAGACACAUAUCAAUUGCCCAAGGACAAGCUUUUACCCCAGAAGAACAACUCGAUGCCAAAAUGGCAACUCACGAGGACCACUUAUUCUUGACGCAUCAGCAUGGAGGAUAUGGUAGUCUACCAGUUCGCCACUAUCAUCAAACUUAUGCGGAUGACAUCCAGGACAAUAUAUCUAGAAAUCAAGAAGAGGGUAUACUUCCCAGAAGCUCUAAGGUCAUUGUGUACAGAGAUAUUUUCAAUUUCAACCAUUCCAACAUGGACCACCAGGGUGAACAUCUAGCAAGAGUGCAGAGGAGCGUAACCUUUGAUUUGUCCAUGGAACGUGCCCUAUUUGUAUCUAGAAAAGAGGGUCCGUACAAAAUCAGCAAGACAAAAAUGUCCAGCACACCCGGACAGAAAAGCAAACCAAGUCCGGGAUACAGGACUAGCGCACACUCGAGGCAUUCGAAAAUCCAUAAACCAAGAUCUCAAGGAAAUAAACUAAAGGUCAAGUUAAAUCUGAACCCUUUUAGAAGAAGUCAGGUUCAUCCCAAGUCUGGUUCUAACCAGGAGCACAAGGAUGUGAAGAGAACGUCCAAAAAGAUCAAGAAAGACAAAUCUCAAAAGUCUGGUUCUAACCAGGAGGACAAGGAUGUGAAGAGAACGUCCAAAAAGAUCAAGAAAGACAAAUCUCGAAAGACUAUGGUGGAAAAGGACAGUGAAGGACACGAGAGUGAAGAAAAAUCCAAGAAGGGCAAGAUUACGGAGAAGUCGCAAUGUGCUGAAAGUUCACCCAAUCCAGUUGAAACGACUCCAGAGGAAUCAGCUUCACUGACGCAGAGUUCAAAUCUUUUCACUGAAAAUACAGAAGCAUUUGGUACAUCAAAUACGACAGACCCUCAAGUCCCAACCCUGGACUUGAACCUGGCAGUGAGCACACCAGAAGAUGCCAGGAGUCUGCAGAAAGAUUUACAUAUGCCACAAGGUCAUUUGGAAGAUCUUCCAAAUGACUUGAUGACCCCAGUGUCCUCAACUGUCUCUAUUGUCCAGGAGUACCUGUCAUCAGGUGAUGGCUCACCAAAGAGGAAGAUUAGACUAAUCGUACCUGAGAAAACCUCCAGCAGACCUCAGACCGCACUGGAAAAGAAAAUCAGAUAGCAGU